AUGGCGCUGGAGGAUCCGCUGAAGGCGCCUUCGUCGUCGUCCAUUGAGGCGCCCCAUUGCCAAAGCGACAAACCACUCGCACCAGACUGCGACGCGGUCGACCCAAAGGUCGUCGCCGUGCUCGUGCUUCCGCCGCUGCCGCUGCUGAACAUGUCGGCGCUGUUCAACUUCCAGAGCCUGUUGCAAGUCAUCUUGCUGCUGAUUUGCGCAUGCGCGUAUGCUCGCGCCUUUGCACCAAAGUUCAUGGAUGGUCUGCGCAACGGUCCUGCAAGCUUGCUGUGGAAGUUUGCCAGAAUAGGGGAACGCGCGAGCGAAUACGUGGCGCUGGCGUGUGCGCUCAUGGGCGUCGCCAUCCUUGUUUGGGGCUGA